AUUUAUCACCCCCAAUCCCGACCUCACACCAAACUACACUCCUUUAGUCCUAUUAUAAAAACUUGCAUUCUCCCCCUUCACUUUCUUCAUCUCCACCAUACAAAAACAUUAGCUUCACAGCCUUAAUUAAUUGUUGAUAAUCUCGUGUAUAAUCAAUCAACAAUUAAUAAUAAUGGCUGCAAUGUGUUCAAGAAUUUUCCUAUUUUACAAUCUCAUAUACUCAAUGUUCCUAUAUCUACUUCCCAAAAAACUCAAACAUUACCUCCCUAAUUCCCACACUAGUACUACUCAACAAGUCCAAAAUCAACUUGAUAACGUGUCGAAUACACAAGUAGUACUAAAACAACAACCGGCGAAUAUUCAUUCGUCGUCGUCUGCUCGAAUGGACCAACACGAACUCACACGGAUUUUCCAAAUGUUUGACAAGAAUGGUGAUGGCAGGAUAACAAAACAAGAACUCAAUGAUUCCUUAGAGAACAUGAACAUAUUCAUUUGUGACAAUGAACUUGUUCAAUUAAUUAACAACAUUGAUGCCAAUGGGGACGGGUGUGUUGACAUUGAUGAGUUUGGUGAUUUAUAUAAAACUAUAAUGGAUGAUAAGGAGGAUGAAAUCAAGAAUAAUGAGGAAGAAAUGAUGGAAGCUUUUAAUGUAUUUGAUCAAAACCGAGAUGGGUUUAUCGCGGUUGAGGAACUAAGAGAUGUUUUGGAGUCAUUGGGGAUUAAGCAAUUCGGCCGAAAAGGAGAUGAUGAGUGUAGGAAAAUGAUUAUGAAAGUUGAUGUGGAUGGAGAUGGGAUGGUUAGUUUUGAUGAGUUUAAAGAGAUGAUGAAAUCUGGUGGCUUUGUUGCUAAUACUAUUGCUCAAAGUUAAUUAACAUUUCAUAAUUUCAUGAUUAUAUAUGUAUAAUCAAAUUGUUCAUUUAAAUUCAAUCAUCUUCAUUUCUUUA